AUGAUCCGCUUGAGAGGGCCCCAAGCGGGUAAGAGGCGCCGCGGCCGCUGCGGGUCUCCCUCUCCCGGCUCUGGCGAGCAGCCGGACUCCUCUCUCACCUCGGACCCUCCAGGCCCGGCGCCCGGCUCCGCAAACUCUGGUGCACCCUCCAGGGUUGGGCUCCGCGGCCCCUCGGCUGCCGGCCGGCACGCGAGAAGAUUUGGCCCUACAUUUUGUAUUCCAGAAAUCCCUAGGAAUUAUCUAGAUAAGACAGAUGCUGUAAAGGCAUCAAAAUAUAGACAGAAUGGCAAGUUGCUGGUGUUUGAUCCAAAGGAAAAAGUGAUGAUUGAAGCAAAUGAAACAAUGUCAGAGAAGAAUGGAAGGGAGGGGGAGAGACAGAGAGAGAAAGACACAUCCAUUGACUGCCUCCCCCAUGCACUCCGACCAGGGCAGGGACCAGGACAGGCAUGGAGUCUGCAACCGAGGAAGGAAGUCUCUUCAAAAAAUAUUGAAAAGAAAGUCUAUUUAAAGAAUACUGAAAAUAGAGUAUCUUCAAAAAGUAUUGAACAUAAAGAUACAGAAACAAAUCUACAGUCAAAACUAUGGUCAUCUUCUUUCUUAAAAGAAAGAACAGGUGAAGUGGGCAAAGAUGAAGUCAUUGCAGAGCAGGAGAAAAAUAAUGAAAAUAGCCUUCAGGUUAUUAAUGAUAAGUUGUCCGAGUCAACAAAAGAUGAUGGUGAAGAUGACAGCAGUGAUGAAAAUAAUGAAGACAGUGACCCAAAAAAGGAUAUUCGUGCCCCAUUAGAGUUAAUGGCAGAAUUUCUGAGAGCAGAAAUGAGCCAAGACUACCAUUUGGCUAAAAAAUUAUGUCAGAUGAUCCUAAUCUAUGAACCAGAAAAUCCUGAGGCCAAGGAGUUCUUAACACUUAUUGAAGAAAUGUUGCUGAUGGAGGAAGCUCAAAAUCAUGAGGAAGAUGAGAAAGAUGGUGAAGACAGUAGCGGGGAGAGUGAAGGAGAAAGCAGUGAGGAGCCAAGUGAAGAAAGCUCUGAUGAAUGUGAAGACAGGCAAUGA